ACGACGAAGUAUGAACUUGACACUCGGCGGCAGGAAAGUCAAGUCGUCUUAUUAAAUCGCCUUUUUGGUGUCAUUUAGUGGGCUAGCUAGAAUUUUAUGUACGGUAUACUUAUAUCAAAGCCUGUUCGCUUGAAGAGACAAGAUGAGUGAAGCUGACGCUAUAUUUAAGGGCAAGAUCCACUACUAUGGAAGAGAGCAGUAUUAUCAAGCAAUGCAAAAUGAAUCUGUGGUGGCAACAAAAAAGUUUGGGAAUGAUCCUGUGUAUCGCUUCUACUCUGCAGUGUCGCACCUUUUGCAAGGCCAGACACAAGAAGCAAUUAGACAGUUGCAACCAUUGCAGAAUGACCAAGAUGUCAUGCUGGGAACACUCCUUGCAUUGAUCUAUGCUCAUCGACACUGCCAAGUUGUUGACAAAGAAGCUGUUACUAUGUUGGAUGCAAGGCUAAAAGAAGAAAGGAAAAGGGCUCCAGAAACUUGUUUGUAUUAUGCUGCCAUGUUUCUUCUGCUCUCUGGAAAAGUAGACAAGGCGCGAGAAUAUGUUGACCGCAUGUUGAAACUAAAUCCUGAAGAUCUUGCUGGGCUCUCAUUAAAAGGCUGGGUGGAACUGUCUGCUGGUAGAGAGAGUAAAAUAAAAAACACAGUUCAGCUGUUUGAUGCUGUGCUUCAAAAGUCUCCAAAGUAUAUUGAUGCUCUCUUUGGAAAAGCAAAGUACUAUGAAAAUCGCAGUUCUUACAAAGAAUCCAUGGAAACUCUGAAUCUCCUUGUUGUUGCAUACCCUGAUUUUACUGGACCACUUGUGGAAAAGAUGAAGGUGUAUCUCUCAGAACAAGAAUGGGACCAGUCUAUGGAUGCAGCUACAAGAGUUCUUAGUGUAGACUCUCACAAUAUUGAGGCCUUGAAGCAUAAAACACUGUAUGCACUGUGCCGCCAAGGUAACUAUGAUGAAGCAUCUCAGGCGCUAAGAGAUCUGUACAGUGAAAUGGAUAGAAGUGAGCCAAACAACGCAUCUCUCUUUGUUCAUAUGGCUCAGUUGUUUUCAAGAAUUUGUGGAAGAAAUCGUCUUGUGUUAGAAGAGACUUUCAUGAUGGCAAGCAAAGCUGCAAAAAUUGAUACAGGGAAUGCAGAAUACCUCACAGAAGUAGGUUAUCAGUGUCUCUUACAAGGUCGGAACAAGGAAGCCACUAAGUAUUACAAGAACGCUACUAAACUGGAUGAAUCAUCUGUGGCAGCUCUUACAGGGAUAAUCUCAUGUCAGCUGUUAGACGGCCAGGUGGAUGUUGCAGAACAGCAGUUGGAAUUUCUCAAAGAGGUCCAGCGUAGCCUUGGGGCUUCUCCGGAUAUCCUUUACUUGUCUGCUGUUUUAGGGCGGAUGAAAAAUCAAAAUCCAGAUACAAUUCUAGCUUUACUGACUGAGGCAAUUGACAACCACUUCAAGAACCAUCGAGGAAUGGCCUUUGGUUCAACGUAUUUGGCAGCUCUGAAUCCUGACUUCUUACUUCUGAUUGUCCAUGAAUGUCUCCUCUAUGCUCCAAAUCAGCCAAGUGAUACUGCAACGACAACUGAGGUGCCUCCUGUUGUUAAACGAGCAUUACUUGUGCUGGAUGCCAUUACCCGUGCAUGUCCUGCCCUCCUUACUGCUCUUGUACUCUCUGCUCGAACAAAGUUUGUUACUGGUGAUGUGAAAGGAGCAUCAACAAUACUCCAGCAUGUAUUAGAUGAAAUUGACUCAACAAGUUCAGAUGCACACUUGCUGAUGGCCCAGAUUCAGCUCCACCAAGGAAACUUCAAGCAAGCUCAGCAGAGCCUGGAAGUGGGACUCUCAUACAACUUUGAGGUGAGAGAGCAGCCAACAUACCACCUAGUUCGAGCAAGGGUUAUGAAAAAACAGGGGCAGUAUCAAGAAGCCAUCAAUACCCUGAAAUCCUGUUUGAAUCUUGCUAAUACCAGACCCACAACAACUAAGGGAAGCCGCAAUAAAGCUGAGUUGACUUUGCCUGACAGAGCAUCAGUAUUUUUAGAAUUGUGUGAUGCUUACCGACUCAAUAACCAACCAAACGAGGCAGCUAGUAUUAUGACACAGGCAAUGACGGAGUUUCAGGGCACUGGUGAAGAAAUCAGGCUAAACAUCGCCAGCGCAGACUUAGCCUUAAUGCGUGGUGAUGUUGAACAUGCUCUUGCCAUGCUGCGAUCUAUUGGACCUGAUCAGCAGUACUACCUGGAAGCAAGAGACAAGAUGGCAAAUAUUUAUCUUAAUCAUCUCAAAGACAAGCGAAUGUUUGCUACUUGUUAUAGAGAAGUAGUUGAGAAGAAUCCAACACCCCAGAGCUACUUAAUGUUAGGUGAUGCCUACAUGUCCAUUCAAGAACCUGACCGUGCCAUUGAGGUUUACGAACAGGCUCAGAAACGCAACCCAAGAGAUUCGGUGUUGGCAUGUCGCAUGGGUAUGGCACUCGUGAAGACACAUCAGUAUGGAAAAGCUAUCAAUUAUUACAAGGAAGCAAUAAAAAGUGGAAGCAGUAACCAGUUGCGAUAUGAUAUGGCUGAGCUGCAAAUGAGGCUGAAACAGUAUGAUAAAUCAGAGAAGACCAUUAGCCAGGCACUGGAAGUGGAGGCCAUUAAUCAUUCCAACCUGAAUUCUAUGCUUACUCAAGCAAAACUGCUCAACCUCCUUGCAAAGGUUCAUGAAAGGGCAGGUAAUUUUGAUCAAGCUCUGGCAACUCUUAGUAAGGCCAAGGAUGUGCAAGUAAAAGUACUCAAGAGAGCACAGGUAGAGUUGCCAGACUCAGUAGCUGAGCAGAAGCAGUUAGCUGGCAGUAUGUGUAGCAAGAUGGCUGAGCAUGCUGCAAACCAGCGUGAGUUUGAUCAAGCUAUUAGGUUAUACAAGGAGGCUCUUCAGUAUGAUCCAGAACAUGCUCCUACACUUCUGGCCUUAGCAAAGCUUUACAUGCAGAUUAAUGACUUGGAUCAGUGUCAGUACACAUGCAUGACACUACUGAGAAGUGACAAAGAAAAUGACAGUGCCACAGUCAUGAUGGCCGACUUGUCAUACAGACGAAAUGAGUAUGAUACAGCUAUGUUCCACUUCCAGCAGUUACUUGACAGGCGUCCGGCAUACUUCCCAGCAUUAGCUCGUCUUGUAGAGGUUAUGCGACGAACUGGAACCUUAGAUGAGACAACUCCAUAUCUUGAUCGGGCUGAGCAAGCUACCCUCAAGCCAUACAUGGACUCAGGUUUCAACUUCUGCAAAGGCUUAUAUGAAUGGUAUGUAGGAAAUCCAAAUGCUGCGCUGAAGUACUUCAAUAAAGCACGGAAGGAUCAAGAAUGGGGUCAGAGAGCGAUUUAUAACAUGAUUGAAAUUUGCCUGAAUCCUGAUAACGACACCAUUGGAGGAGAGACUUUUGAAAGUGUGGACAGUGAAGUCAACCAGUCUGGGGCGAGAGACACUUUGGACAUGGCAAUUAGGACAGCAGAUAAGCUCCUGAAGGAACUGAGUCCUAAACCUGGUGAUCAGCAAGUUUCUCAUCAGAUUCUAAGUAAUUUCCUCUUGUUGGCAACAAAACAGAAGGCUAAUGCUGAGCGAGCACUACAAGAUUUUAUGAACAUUGCCAGCCAAGAAAGUUAUAAGAAUCAUGUUGGGGCCAUUCUUGGCAUGGCUACAGCAUACAUGAUAUUAAAACAGACUCCACGUGCUCGAAAUCAGCUGAAACGAGUAGCUAAAUCAAUUUGGAAUUUUGAGGAUGCAGAAUAUCUGGAGAGAUGUUGGCUACUCUUGGCAGACAUAUAUGUGCAGACUGGAAAAUAUGACAUGGCUACAGACCUUCUUAAGCGUGUCUUACAACACAACCGAUCUUGCAUGAAAGCUUAUGAAUAUAUGGGUUUCAUCAUGGAGAAGGAACAAAGUUAUCGGGAUGCUGCAUACAAUUAUGAACAAGCUUGGAAAUUCAGUGGAAAUACAAAUCCAAUGAUAGGAUACAAGUUGGCAUUUAAUUACAUGAAAGCCAAACGAUAUGUAGAUGCAAUAGAUGUGUGUCAUACUGUCCUAAAUAAACACCCUGAGUACCCAAGGAUACGCAAAGAUAUUCUGGAUAAAUCACGUGCAAGCAUUCGUGUUUAAAGGAAGAUAUUUCGAAACUCAAAAGAAAAAAUCCAUAUAUACUGGUUAAAGAUUAUUGGAAAUGCUGAUGAAAAAGUCACUGAUAUAGCUGUGUGUAUGCAGAUGUAUUUUAAAAAUUAUUAUUUAUAAUUAUUUUCUUCAACCAUGUGUAGUAUUUCCUAUAUUUCUAUAAUUUACAAGUAACUGCUGUAUGUGUUCUUAGUGCUGAAUUACUAAUACCAGUAAU